UUUUUGUCUCCCUGUUGCCACACCUUCUCCCCAGUCAUCUGACUGCCACAUAGCUGCACACACUUGUAUACAAAGGCACAGACACCGCCUGGGCUCCCAGCCCCAUCCCCCGCCCCCACCCCCACCCCAUCCCCAUUCCCAGCAAUUGACCAUGGCCUCAGAAGCAGAGAAGACGUUCCAUCGAUUUGCUGUCUUUGGAGAAUCAUCCAGCAGUGGCAAUGAAAUUACCAACAAGAACUUCUCCAAACUCUGUAAAGACUGUGGCAUCAUGGAUGGCAAGGCAGUGACCUCCACAGAUGUGGACAUUGUGUUCAGUAAAGUGAAGGCCAAGAAUGCCAGAACCAUCAACUUUCAACAGUUUCAAGAGGCUAUGAAGGAGCUGGGCCAAAAGCGCUUCAAGGGGAAGAACCCAGAUGAGGCAUUGGAAGAUGUUUUUAAACUCAUGGAAGGCAAGGACCCUGCCACCACCGGUGCUACUAAAGCGACCACGGUGGGUGGAGUAGACCGGUUGACAGACACCAGUAAGUACACCGGAACCCACAAGGAGCGCUUCGAUGAGAGUGGUAAGGGAAAAGGUAUCGAAGGACGGGAAGAGACCACUGACAACUCAGGCUAUGCUGGAGAAAGAUAGAAUCUCUUUGGUUGGUUGGUUUUUGAGACGGGGCUUUCACUGUGCAGUUCUGGCUGGCCUGGAACUCUAGGUCAGACUGGCCUUGAACUCGCAGAGAUCUGUCUGCCUCUGCCUCCCAGAUGCUGGCAUUAAAGUCUUCCAUCCACCCCACCUUCAUCCUCGUGGCCACAGAGCAGAAGACAUUUCCGACUGCUAAGAAGGUCCAGGGGGUGUGGGGUAACCAGGACACCCAAAGCAAGGAAGGGAACUCAAUCAUAAUUAAAUUUGAAUGUGUUUUUAA